AUGGUUUCUCAUGGGAGUAUCUAUAAACUGGCUAAGAAAUUACAAAGUCUAAGCGAUCCUGAAUUCAACAUAAUACCGAAAUCCGUGAAAAUGGAUUUAAUAAGGCAGAAAAUUCGUGAGAAUCUGCAUAGAGCCUACUUAAGGAAUGAGAAAACCUAUAAUACACGAUGCCGUCAAGUUAAGUUUGUACCAGGUCAGGAGGUUUAUCGUCGCAAUUUUCAGCAGAGCGACUUUAAGACCAAUUUCAAUGCUAAGCUAGCGAAGAAAUUUUUAAAAUGUAGAAUUGUACGACCUGUAGGUAAUAGUCUAUACGAGGUUGAAGACCUUCAAGGGAAAUCGUUGGGGGUAUUUCACGCCAAAGAUUUGAAACAAUAG